AUGUCUUCACGACCGGAUCUCAAGGUUGACGACGAAGUCGGUUUCAUCCGCUUCUACAAAUCCCUCCCCGAGUCGGACAACAAUGAAACGAUACGUGUCUUUGACCGUGGAGACUGGUACUCCUCCCACGGCAGCGAUGCCGAAUUCAUCGCUCGUACUGUGUACAAGACGACUUCCGUCCUUCGCAACCUAGGCCGCAGCGAGACUGGCGGUCUGGCCUCCGUUACACUGAGCAUUACUGUCUUCCGCAACUUUCUGCGUGAGGCUCUGUUCAGACUGAAUAAGCGGGUUGAAAUCUGGGUCUCUGGUGGCACGGGCAAGGGCAACUGGAAGCUGGGAAAGCAGGCUAGCCCAGGAAACCUCCAAGAUGUUGAGGAGGAGCUGGGGAGUGUUGGUGCAUUGUCAAUGGACUCGGCACCAAUUAUUCUCGCUGUCAAGAUAUCUGCUCGUGCGGGCGAGGCUAGAAACAUCGGCGUGUGUUUUGCAGAUGCCAGUGUGCGUGAGCUUGGGGUGAGCGAGUUCAUCGACAACGACGUUUUCUCCAACUUUGAAUCAUUGGUUAUCCAGCUCGGUGUCAAAGAAUGUCUAGUUCAGAUGGAUAGCUCACGGAAGGACAUCGAACUGGGUAAGAUCCGGGCUAUCGCUGAUAGCUGCGGUAUUGCCAUAUCUGAACGACCCGCGGCGGACUAUGGAGUCCGAGACAUUGAGCAAGAUCUCACUCGUCUGCUACGUGAUGAACGGUCUGCUGCGACUCUGCCGCAGACGGAACUCAAACUUGCCAUGGGCUCUGCGUCUGCCUUGAUCAAAUAUCUCGGUGUUUUGACCGACCCAACCAACUUCGGCCAGUACCAGCUUUACCAACACGACCUAUCACAAUAUAUGAAACUGGAUGCUUCCGCUCUCCGUGCUUUGAAUUUGAUGCCCGGUCCACGGGACGGAGCCAAGAGCAUGAGCUUAUAUGGCCUAUUAAAUCACUGCAAAACGCCCGUUGGCAGCCGUUUGUUAGCGCAGUGGCUGAAACAACCACUGAUGGAUCUUGCCGCUAUCGAGAAGCGACAGCAACUCGUCGAGGCUUUCGUGGUCAAUACAGAGCUGCGACAAACUAUGCAAGAAGAGCACCUGCGUGCCAUUCCUGAUUUGUAUCGACUUGCUAAACGCUUUCAGAGGAAGCAGGCAAACCUGGAGGAUGUUGUCAGGGUUUAUCAGGUAGCGAUCCGUCUUCCAGGGUUUGUGAGUGCGCUCGGCGAUGUCAUGGAUGAAGAGUACCAGACACCUUUGGAGACCGAAUACACUACCAAAAUCCGCAGCCACUCCGAUAAUUUGGCCAAGCUCGAGGAAAUGGUGGAAACUACCGUUGAUCUGGAUGCGCUGGAGAACCACGAGUUCAUUAUCAAGCCCGAGUUUGACGAGGGCCUUCGUGUCAUUCGGAAAAAAUUGGACAAGUUGCGAUAUGAUAUGGACAUGGAGCAUCGCCGAGUGGCCAAGGAUUUGAAUCAAGAAAUGGAGAAGAAGCUAUUUAUGGAAAACCACCGAACGCAUGGUUGGUGCUUCCGUCUCACUCGUACCGAGGCCGGCUGCAUUCGCAACAAGCGAGAAUAUCAAGAGUGCUCUACUCAAAAGAACGGUGUCUACUUCACGACUACGACAAUGCAGUCGCUUCGCCGGGAGCACGACCAACUUUCCUCCAACUACAACCGCACUCAGACUGGACUUGUCAAUGAGGUCGUCAAUGUCGCUGCUUCAUACUGCCCGGUUGUCGAGCAGCUUGCUGGUGUCCUCGCUCAUCUCGAUGUCAUCGUGAGCUUCGCCCACGCGUCCGUCCAUGCUCCUUCUGGAUAUGUUCGCCCUAAAAUGCAUCCUAGGGGUACAGGCAACACUGUGCUCAAGGAAGCCCGCCAUCCUUGCAUGGAAAUGCAAGACGACAUUUCAUUCAUUACCAACGAUGUCUCCUUAAUUCGAGAUGAAUCCUCUUUCCUAAUAAUCACUGGCCCCAACAUGGGCGGAAAAUCCACAUACAUUCGUCAAAUUGGCGUGAUCGCGCUCAUGGCCCAAACCGGCUGCUUUGUGCCCUGUACUGAAGCAGAACUCACCAUCUUCGACUGCAUUCUUGCUCGUGUCGGAGCCAGUGACUCUCAGCUGAAGGGUGUCUCUACUUUCAUGGCUGAAAUGCUCGAGACUGCUAAUAUCCUCAAAUCUGCUACGUCGGAGUCCCUGAUCAUUAUUGAUGAGCUGGGCCGUGGAACUAGCACCUAUGAUGGUUUCGGUCUCGCCUGGGCAAUUUCGGAGCAUAUUGUGACGGAGAUUCGUUGUUUUGGUCUCUUCGCGACUCAUUUCCACGAGCUCACCGCUCUGGCUGAUCGGUACCAGCAAGCCGUCAAGAACCUACAUGUUGUGGCAUUCAUUGGCGAUGGCAAUGAGUCCACUGCUGACGAUGAGGCUGAAAAGAAGAAGCGUCAAGUCACCCUUCUCUACCGCGUCGAGCCGGGCAUCUGCGAUCAGUCCUUCGGUAUUCAUGUAGCGGAGCUUGUACGAUUCCCAGACAAGGUUGUGAACAUGGCUCGUCAAAAGGCAGAGGAGUUGGAAGACUUUACAUCUGCAAACCCUGAGAAUGGCGAGCAACAACAACCUACACCUUCACUGGAGAAGUACUCCCAAGAGGAAGUGGAAGAAGGCAACACUCUCUUGAAGGACAUGCUUGUGAAAUGGAAGGCAGAAAUCGAGGGCAAAGAGCUGUCAUCGGAACAGAAACGCCAGGUCAUGCGCGAUUUGGUCCAAGCGGACAGCAAGCUGCAGGCAAAUAAGGUGUUCCAGGGUAUUAAGGCUCUAUAA